AUGUUCGGUGUUGGGUUUCAUUCGAUGUCAAUAAUAUUUUUGGCACCGCCUGUUUCUUUCAAGUGUCCAAAUAAUGCGACCUGUUGUGACCAUCCAGUAUACAACAAAACUAUAUUUAGUAGAACUAUAGUGACUGAAUGGAAUUUGAUAUGUGGUUAUUCGUGGAUGAAAGAAUUUACGCAAAUUAUGUUUCAAUUAGGGGCACUUAUUGGUAGCCUCAUAUUCGGGAUAGCGUCCGACAGAUUCGGUAGGCGACCGACAAUGAUAUUUGUCGUUGUGCUACAAUUAUUCGCUGGAAUUACAUCGUCCUUUCUUCCUGGAUACUGGAGUUUCGCUAUUUCUAGAUUAGUCUUGGGAUCAUCAGUCGGCGGCAUCAUCGUUGUUGGAUACGUUAUAGUCCUGGAGUUUGCUGGUAGUGAAUACCGAAUCACAACAUCAGCUUUAUUUCAUAUCCCUUUUGGAUUGGGAAUUCUUAUUUUAGCAGUAUUGGGAUAUUUUCUCACGGACUAUUUGCAUCUUCAAUUAGCAAUUUCAUUGCCUUGUGCAUUGUUAUUGUUCUAUGUUUGCCUAUUGCCAGAAUCACCAAGAUGGCUGCUUGCCGUAAAUAAAACAAUGGAGGCUAUUUCACUUAUGGAACGAAUCGCAAAAAUCAACAACCAGCCUACUGAAGGUAUUGAAAGACAAGUACAAAUCUACCGUAUGGAACACUUGAGAGUCAGCGAUAGGAGAGAAUCUGCAAUGGAUAUAAUUCGAUGUUCGUACAUGAGACUCAACAUCUUCAUAUCGUCGUUCAUUUGGUUCACUUGCAGCUGCUGUUUCUAUGGAGCUGAAUAUUAUGUCAGGCAAAUAUCAGAAGACAUUCAUAUCAUAGUUGUGGCGUCUGGAACUGCAUGUGUCUGUGGCUGUCUCAUAGCGAUACCUCUGAUAAAACUUAUGAAUAGAGUAUCUCUAAUCUUAAUAUGUAACGUAAUUUCAAGCGCUUGUUUACUGAUAAACUGUGUCAUUCCCGAAGGUGUUGAAUAUAUAGUGAUUGGCUGUAUUGAGAUAUUACUAAGUUUUACUGUAUUCGUUGUAAUAUAUUUGUACUGUGCUGAAUUGUUUCCCACCACUGUGCGUAGUUCGGCUCUGGGUAUCUCCUCGACUAUGAUAAGUAUCGGGGCAAUUAUUGCACCAUAUAUAGUUUCCCUAAAAACUUAUGGUAGUUGGUGUGUUCCGAUAAUUUUUGCCAUAUUAUCAUUAAUUUCAGCUGCGUUAUGUCUAAUGUUACCUGAGACAAAAGGCCGCGAAUUAACAACGACCGUUGAAGAAGAAAAAAAUAAAUAUAGAAAAUAAUAAAAACUAUAUAACAAUAUACUCGUAGUAAGAUAACGAGAAAGAUAACAAUGAUGGUUUAAAGCGAUGUUUAAAAUAAAUAGAUCCUAGAUAGAUAGAGAGAUACAUUAGCAUCUCUAUCUAUCUAGAAUCUAUAGUAUUAACUAAUACUAAUAAUAGAAAUAACAAAUAAGUUACUUUCCUUAAUUUAUAUGGUAAAAAUACUUCACGUAAAGUAAGUACAACGCGUUACUAAAUUUUAGUUUUUCAUAAACAAAUGUUAUUAAUAGCAAUGAAAAGAUAAAUUGAAAGAAGUUAGUUAAAUUUGUUCUUAAGAAAACGCUGCUUGAAUUGUUCUAUUCUGUUAGUUUUUUGCUUAUAAUUUAUGAUUGUUCUAUAGGUUAACUGAUGUAUUGCUUCCAUUUAUACAGAUUAUGUUAAAACAAUAAUUAUUUUAACGUGAUAACUAUAUUUAAUAAUUAUAUUAUUAAGAUGUUACAUUAAAUCCUUUUAGUCUUCUUUCAUCUACGAGCAUUACAUUAUAUAAAAAAAUUGACAUACUUAAGUAGGAAAAGUAUAGCAAUAAAAUUGUCGUAUUAAUUUAUCUUAUCUUACUUACUGUCAAUACGAUAAACCUGACAUCUGAAUGGCCGUAAACAUUGCAAGUAUUUUGUUUUAAGAUUUUAAUUUUCUUUUUGGUAGAACAUGUGCCUAAAAGAACAUGUAAAUAUUUUGCAUGUGGUUCAUUCCAGUUGUGAUGUUUUAGAGAGGUCUAAGAACGCGUUUUAACUAUUGUAUUUAAUAGCUUUUAUUGCGGAAAAUUGCAAAGUAUGUGCGUACAGAAAAUAUAUUUCAUGGGGGUAAUUCUGUAUUAUGAUCCUAAUAUGAAAUCGUUGUAACUUAUGAGAAUUUUAUAUUUCUGGAAUUGAUAGAUUGAACAUACGAACGCAUUAGUAUAUCAUCUGUAAAUAUAAGCAUAACCUAAGGGAACCAUAUUACCAAAUC